GGUCAAAGCAGGGCAAAUCCAUGGACAUCAUGGGCUUCUCGCCCACAUCUUUGCUUCUUGGGGAUGUCAGGGGUAUCAUAUGCCAUGUGAGCUAUUCUCAUAGAGAUCGGUUGGAGCUUCGGGUCCGGUAGAGCAGGUGGCCUCGUCGUUGAAUCAGAUCCAGCAUAUAAAUGGCUCGAGGGGUGGCUGGCAAGUCGGCUCAAUCCCAUCAGCUGGCGGAAGUCGACAAGUGCGUCAAGAAGACAUCGAUACAUCCCGAAACAAAGGCUGGAAUUUUCAGUCCCAUUCGCUCCGCCUGGCUCUUUUCUCGCUGGGAUGCCUGUCAUCGCAUUCGCUCGCGCAGUGGCUGCGGCCCUCGGAAGCCGAUGGUGGCAGAAGGGUAUGCUAGCCGGACUCAUCUACCUGUCUGCCACCCGUGACAGCAUGGAGAAGAACAACCUUCACGACUCCUACACGGCCGUUGACUAUCCACAAGCCAACUGCAGCAGUGCGGCGCGAUUCGCCCGCUCACUGGAUGGAACCUGUAAUGAUCUACAGAAACCAGCAAUGGGAUCUGUGGGUUAUAGAUUCGGGCGCAACGUUCGGCUCGAGAAUGUCCCGCAAGGCAAUGUGGGAUUAUUCGAACCCAACCCGAGGCAGAUUGGACAGAAACUUUUGCUACGAGAUACAUUCAAGCCGGCUACUUCAAUUAACCUGUUCGUCCUGGCAUGGAUCCAGUUUCAAGUCCAUGACUGGAUGGAUCACGAACGAGCAUGGGGUUCUCCGGUGAAUGUACCCCUCCCUGAAGGUGACCCGCUCGAAGGCACCGGACAGAGGAUUUAUCUUCCUCGAUCCGUAGCCGAUCCUGACAUGAAGACUCCGGGUCGACCGAAAGCUUUCAAGAACCAGGUGACUCACUGGUGGGAUAUGAGCCAGAUCUAUGGGACUACCGCGGAGAUCAACCGCCGAAUACGGGGAACCGACGGAAAACUGAAGGUUGACGCCGACGGUCUACUGCCAUUGGAUUCUGAUGGGAUGGAAGUAACCGGCUUCAAGGACAACUGGUGGAGUGGGCUUGCUUUGUUGCACACGAUCUGGACGCGGGAGCACAACAGUAUUUGCGACAUGUUCAAAGCCAAACAUCCCGAGUGGACGGACCAGAAACUCUUCGAUAUGGCACGUUUGGUCACUACCGCGAUCAAUGCCAAGAUACACACUGUGGAAUGGACGCCCGGAAUCCUUCAAAACGAGAUCCUGAGGACUGCGAUGCAAACCAACUGGGACGGCAUCCUACCGGAUCUGUUGGAUAAUUGGCCUGGCGGGCCUAUUCUGACCGGUAUCGUUGGCGGGAAGAAGGACCUGAAAGGAGUGCCUUUCUCACUGACGGAAGAGUUCACCGCCGUGUACCGUCUACAUUCUUUGCUACCGGAUACCAUUGAGAUUUGGGAUGCGCAAUCCAAGAAGUUGUCUGGUCGUGUGUACGAGUUGCCGUCCAUCACUUUCAAAGGAAGCCGCCGAAUGAUCGCCGAAAAUAAGCUGGCCGAUGUUGUUUACACGUUUGGGACAGCCAAUCCCGGUGCUCUUACGCUCAAUAACUACCCGGCGUGGUUGAUGAAUCUUACCAAGCCAAAUGAACCCCAUGUCGUCGAUAUGGCGACCACCGAAAUCUACCGCGAUCGCGAGCGUGGAAUACCCCGGUACUUGCAAUUCCGUCGCGAGAUCGGGCUCAAACCAGACUUCAAGACCUUCGCGGACAUUAACCCGGACAAGAAGGUCCAAGCCCUCCUGCAGUCCGUUUACCGAGUUCCCGAAGACGUGGACCUUCUUGUCGGCACACUGGCAGAGGAACCGAGACCAGACGGUUACGGGUUCGGUGACACCGCAUUUCACAUCUUUAUCCUCAUGGCUUCCCGCCGAUUGUUCACGGAUCGUUUCUUGACUGACGACUACAAGCCCGAGAUAUACACCGCAGAGGGGAUCAAGUACAUCGAGACACAGGGCAACUUCAAGGGGCUGAUCUCACGGCACUUCCCAGAGCUGGCCUCUGCUGUGAACUCCGUUGACAACCCUUUCAAGCCGUGGAAGCUUUAGCGUAGCACAUUCUUGGACGGAGACUUCCGCAGAGUAGUAUAGCAGAUUUCUUGACCUUUUGACCGAUUCGCGGGUCGCAUAGGCAUUGUGAAACUGAUUACCUAGCACUUUGUCCAUCAAAUUGUCUUUCCCUUUCUGAGAUGUCUUCCCACGUGCAUAGUGGGAAUAUAAUGGAUCGUCUCAAUAAUGCAUCAAAAGCACAAAUCCUGAUGGGAGUCGUCUCUUUUCUU